GCCACUGAGCACGGUCGUGUUUGGGGUGUAUUCAAUGUCGAAGCUAUUUCAGUGAUACCCGUCAAUUGUGUACAAAAGUAUUUCAUAGUCAAUUCCUGCCUUCCAUUUAGACUGUAGUAUCCAUUUCGCUCACUCAUCUUAUAUUACUUCUAUUUAGUAUAUAUUUGAUUUUGUAUGUAAUACAUAAAGAGGCUUUACGAUAUCGAAAUGUGCAAGAUCUUAUGAAAGCCGGUAGCGUCAGAGGCGCCAAACCUUUUCCCGUGGCGUGUGUAAGUUACGUAACUGUUCCGGGCAAAAUCGAUAACCGAGGCGUAUAAAUAGCGAACUAAAGUUUAAAACAGCUGGCCGGCCGCCAGCCAUGCAGCCUUCGAGAAUGCGAAAACCGCGCCGACACCGUUGGUUGACGGUGUCGGUGUUCUUCAUCGCGUACUCCGUAUUCCAAGCUGUGUUGAGCAAUGCGUCCGAACCGGCUGACCCGAUGGACAAAACACCAGAAACUGGCAAAGUAUCGCCAGCCCCUGAGUUCAGUAAAACGACGAACGCUGAAGGUCCUAAAGUGUCAGACGUAACACCAAUGGUAUCAAAUAAAGAAGAAAGUACAAAGGUCGAUGGUAAGAAAGCUAUGAAGGGUCUUGACGUUGAAGACGAGGGCGAGAAGAAGAAACAGAAGGACGCAGGUUAUGAGGAUGAUAAAACUACGAUAGAGAUUCGCGACGAAGAAGAAAAAGAGGAAGAAAUCGAUACUAUACCCACCGUCCACCCUCUCCGGAACUGCACACCACCAGCCAUCGAACAGUUUCCGCGGCCAUUAAUGGGCCAGACGGCGCGCCGACACGGCGGUCUCAUCCUCCACAUCCUGGUCGCAGUCUUCACCUUCAUCGGCCUGGCUAUCGUUUGCGAUGAAUACUUUGUCUCAAGUCUGGACAGGAUCUGCGAAGAGUUGCAGCUUGCUCCGGACGUUGCGGGUGCGACGUUCAUGGCGGCGGGCAGUUCUGCCCCUGAACUUGCUACAGUUGUCAUCGGUGUCUUCUGUGCCCAAGAUGAUAUUGGCGUGUCGGGUGUUAUCGGCUCGGCGGUGUUCAACAUAAUGUUCGUGAUCUCGGUGUGCGCGCUGUGCGCCGGCACCGUGUCUCAUCUGAACUGGUGGCCGCUGUGUCGAGACUGUUUCUUCUACGCCGUCUCCAUACUCGUCAUGCUCUGCACUAUCGCCAAUGGUUACGUGUCCUGGCCUGAAGCGUUGUUCAUGCUCAUAAUGUAUGGCGUAUACUGCGUGGCGCUGAGGUUCAAUAACGCCUUGGAACGAUGGGCCUUGACCCUCCCUCUGCCGUUCAAGCUACCUUCGAGGGAGGAACAAGCGGCGCUCGUUACAUACAAAAGUGCGGGUGGUCAGCCGCCGAGUGCGCCCGCAGCGGAAGGCCAGUACACGCAAAUGGAGGGACAGGACAACGACGCUACGAAACAAUCCACUGCGUACAACCCCGAUGGAGCGUACGACAACGUAGCGUACAAUGCGGAUCCUACCGCCGCCUGGGACCCGAGCCAGGCCUGGGAUCCGGACCGAGCCUGGGACGAGACCGCACUGCAACAGCCCGCGGCCGCGCCCGCCGCGUCGGGCUGGGGCGACCCCGCGCCGCAGCCGCCGGCCGCCGCGUCGCCCGGACAGUCCACGCCCGGACAGCCGCCCGCGCCCCAGGCACCAGCACAACCGGCUUAUUACAAAGCCAAGGAAUACAAUCCUGAAACAGCAAUCGAUCCUCUUGUAAAGCCAAUCGGAGCCAAUGUGGUGCAGCUAGCGUGCUGGUACGUGGCCUACCCCGUCCAUUGGUCAUGUCGCCACACGAUGCCUGACUGCCGUGGUCGGUGGUAUCCUAUCACCUUCAUCAUCUCUAUGCUCUGGAUCUCUUUCUACUCCUAUUUUAUGGUGUGGAUGAUAACUAUUAUCGGGUAUACACUUGGCAUUCCCGAUACGGUGAUGGGUCUGACGUUCGUGGCUGCGGGUGUAUCCGUUCCGGACGCACUCUCCUCCCUUGCAGUCAUCAAAGAAGGUUACGGCGAUAUGGCAGUUUCAAACGCAGUCGGUUCCAACGUAUUCGAUAUUCUAGUCUGCCUCGGCCUGCCGUGGUUCAUUCAAACCGCCAUCAUCCAGCCCGGCAGUCAUGUCAACGUCAUUAGCAAAGGUUUAAUCUACUCAACGCUGUCCCUGUUCUCAACUGUCAUAUUCCUUGUGGUGGCGACACACGCCAACGGCUGGAAACUCGACCGCAAAUUCGGCGCCGUACUGAUGGUGUGGUACCUUCUGUUUAUAACCCUCGCAAGUCUCUACGAGCUCAAUGUCUUCGGUAACUACCAUCCACCAGACUGCGAGUCCAUUUAUUAAAUACUUAAAACUUCGGCAGUUUAUACUUAUUAUUUUGUAUGAAGAAACUUUGCUUCGAAUUUAAUACGUGACUUAUUUCAGUGUGACCAGUGUAAAAUAUUCUUUCUAUUAUGAUUUUAAAAUUGCAUGUGCAAAAAGUAUUUAUUUACUCUAGUCAUUCAAUUAAUUUAUAGUUUUUAAUAUUUAACAAGUAAAUUAAAAUAUUUACAAAAGACCUAAUAACAAAGUUUCUUGUCCUGCAAACAAGUUAUAUUUAUAGGUCUUAGUCAUCCGUUAAAAAUAUUUACAACUGUUGAUACGUCACUAGAUUAGAUUUCGAACUCUCUCGUUAUUUCGUAUAUUGUGUGUAUGAUGAAUUUUACACUUUAAUUUAUUUAAUAUAGCUUAUUAAAGAGUACCAGAUUAGCUUUAUGCUGAGAUUUUUUAUAUAUCUAGAAAGUGUCGCACUACAAAAGAACUAAAACUAUCGAUCCAAGUUUACUAUCUUAGCUUGUAUGACAACUAUACGCU